GGGAGGUCGGCCGCGCGCGUGGUGGCGGCGGCGCGGGCGACCGAGCCGAGGCGGAGCGGGGCGAGAGGGAGGGGCGGCGCCGGGGAGCGAGAGCCGCAUUUCCCGUCCCCAACUCCGCGCCCGGAGUUUGUGGAUGGGGCUGCGCGGCGGCGCCUGCGGCUGAAGGAGAGCGGCGGCGGCGGCGGCGGCGGCGGGCGAGAGGACCGGCGGCGGCGGCGGCGGCUCGGAGGCGGCCGAGGUGCGAGCCGAAAUGCAGCAAGUGUUGGAUAACCUUACGGAGCUGCCCUCAUCUACGGGAGCAGAAGAGAUAGACCUAAUUUUCCUCAAGGGGAUUAUGGAGAAUCCAAUCGUAAAAUCACUUGCUAAGGCUCAUGAGAGGCUGGAAGAUUCAAAACUAGAAGCUGUCAGCGACAAUAACUUGGAAUUAGUCAAUGAAAUUCUUGAAGAUAUCACUCCUCUAAUCAGUGUGGAUGAAAAUGUGGCAGAACUGGUUGGUAUACUCAAAGAGCCUCACUUCCAGUCACUCUUGGAAGCCCAUGAUAUUGUGGCAUCAAAGUGUUAUGAUUCACCUCCAUCAAGCCCGGAAAUGAAUAAUUCUGUUAAUAAUCAGUUAUUACCAGUAGAUGCCAUUCGUAUUCUUGGUAUUCACAAAAGAGCUGGGGAGCCAUUGGGUGUAACCUUUAGGGUUGAAAAUAAUGACCUGGUAAUCGCCCGAAUCCUUCAUGGAGGCAUGAUAGAUCGACAAGGUCUGCUCCAUGUGGGAGAUAUCAUUAAAGAAGUCAAUGGCCACGAGGUUGGAAACAAUCCAAAGGAAUUACAAGAAUUACUGAAAAAUAUUAGUGGAAGUGUCACCCUAAAAAUUUUACCAAGCUAUAGAGAUACCAUUAUUCCUCAACAGGUAUUUGUGAAAUGUCAUUUUGAUUAUAAUCCAUACAACGAUAACCUGAUACCCUGCAAAGAAGCAGGAUUGAAGUUUUCAAAAGGAGAAAUUCUUCAGAUUGUAAAUAGAGAAGAUCCAAAUUGGUGGCAGGCUAGCCAUGUAAAAGAGGGAGGAAGCGCUGGUCUCAUUCCAAGCCAGUUCCUGGAAGAGAAGAGAAAGGCAUUUGUUAGAAGAGACUGGGACAAUUCAGGACCUUUCUGUGGAACCAUAAGUAGCAAAAAAAAGAAAAAGAUGAUGUAUCUCACCACCAGAAAUGCAGAAUUUGAUCGUCAUGAAAUCCAGAUCUACGAGGAGGUAGCCAGAAUGCCUCCCUUCCAGAGAAGGACAUUAGUAUUAAUAGGAGCUCAAGGUGUGGGACGAAGAAGCUUGAAAAACAGGUUCAUAGUAUUGAAUCCCACUAGAUUUGGAACCACGGUGCCAUUUACCUCAAGGAAACCAAGGGAAGAUGAAAAAGAUGGCCAGGCAUAUAAGUUCGUGUCACGGUCUGAGAUGGAAGCAGAUAUUAAAGCUGGAAAAUAUUUGGAACAUGGGGAAUAUGAAGGAAAUCUCUAUGGAACCAAGAUUGAAUCUAUUCUUGAAGUUGUCCAAACUGGACGAACUUGCAUUUUGGAUGUCAACCCACAAGCCCUGAAGGUGCUGAGGACAUCGGAGUUCAUGCCCUACGUUGUCUUUAUCGCCGCUCCGGAGCUGGAGACGUUGCGCGCCAUGCACAAAGCUGUGGUGGACGCUGGCAUUGCUACCAAGCUUUUGACGGACUCUGACUUGAAGAAAACAGUGGAUGAAAGUGCACGAAUUCAGAGAGCAUACAACCACUAUUUUGAUUUGAUCAUCGUAAACGACAACCUAGACAAAGCCUUUGAGAAACUACAAACUGCCAUAGAGAACCUGAGAAUGGAGCCACAGUGGGUCCCCAUCAGCUGGGUUUACUGAUGAGUCGAUAAGGUUCACAAUUAAAAUACAACUUUUAGAAAGUGACUGCAGCAAAUAACCUGCUACUGAGAGAACGCGUGCAGCGAGGAGAUGUCUGCCAAGGCCAGGCAUUCCACCGCAGAUUGACAUGCCAGUACACUCUUCUGAAUUUUUAUAGACAAGGUGGUUGGGAAGGUGUACUAAUAUAUAACUUAACUUAAUUUUUCUAACUUUUUAUGGACAAUCUAUUCAUAUCACAUAAAGAAAUGCGUUGAAGCAUUUUGUAUAUGUUUUGAUUUAGUGCCCUUGCCUUUUUCAUCACAAGAAUUUCCAACUCAUUCAUUCGAACCUUGGUCUCACA